AAUGGCGUCAGAUGAUGAUGAUGAGUACGAACAACUUGCUUACAAUCAGAGGCUGAAAGCUGCUGUACAUUACACAGUGGGUCAGAUCUGUGAGCAGUUUGGAGAAAAAAAUGAUGUAACAUUCUCUCGGCAACUAAUAGCAACAAUAUCUGAAACCACAUAUAGACAGUCAGGUGUAUUAGCGACAGACUUAGGAACUUUUUGCAAAACAUGCCAAAAGAACAACCAUCAAUGCAGAUGAUGUUAAGUUAGCAGUGAGGAAAAGCAGUGCAUUGUAUGGUCACUUAAACGAUCUGAAUGCUGAACAGAAUUCUAAAAAUGAAGUUCAGAGAGAAAAGAAGAGACAAAGCAAGAAAAGUAAGAAGAAACCUGAAACUGAAUAAUCAUAACAAAUAAUUUUCACCGUCUUAUUUAUUUUUUAAACCCAUUGUUUUCCUUGUUUUAUAUGCUACAUGUAUUUAACUAUUAAAAUCUAUCAAAUUAUGCAGUAAAUUCUAUAAAAGAUGUGUAUCUUCUUUUUUAGCAAAUUUGUUGAAUUUAUCAGAAAGUUAUACAAAA